AUGGGGAACGGCCUGCCCCACCAGGACAUGCCAGGCAAGUGCGACGGCGAGCGCCCAAAUGGGGCGAGGUGCGGUGCCGACUUCACCGUCCAACACGCGCUUGGCUGCUCCCUGGGCGGGCUGGUGUAUGCCAAACACGACCGGCUCAAGCACAAGGUUGGCGGUCUGUGUCAGCUGGCGGGCCUCAAGGUGGCGUACGAGCACACGGUGUGGAAGGAGACCGCCCACACCGCCGCCGCCCGCGAUCCCCGUGCCGUCCCUUUGGGUGUGACCCCCUGUGACGGUGCCGGCCACCCUCAUCCCUCUCCCCCCCUCCCCACCCACCUGACCCUCCGGACCCGCCCGACCCACACACUGCACCCGACGAGCCUGAUGGUGUCCACAACGACCCCUCCGUCCGCACGGACCUGUUCGUGUCGAGGUUUUGGCCAAGCGGCCGCGAGCUGUGGAUCGAUUUCUGCGUUACCGACGCUGACGCUCGCUGCAACCGGGGCAACCGGCGCGAUCACCCGCGAGAGGGAGAAGCUCAAGAGGGACCACCAUCUCGACGUGUGUCGGCUCAACCGCAUGGACUUCACGGCUUUCAUCGUGACGUGUGACGGCGUCUACGGGAGGGAGGCCGAUCGCUUCAUUCGCCGCUUGGCCGAGCUCAUCAACAAGAGGGGCGGAUGGGACAGAUAUGGCACUGGUCGGGUCGAGCAAUGGAUCCGGGCGCGGCUGUCAGUGUGCCUGGCUCGUUCGGUGUCUGCGUGUCUGCGGCGGCCCCGGAGGAAGGGCCGGUGGCACUGGCUGUAUCAGAGGGGGCGCUGGGGUGAUGGGGCUGGGAUGUUCGUGCCUGGGGAGCCUCUCGUCUUCUGAGGGUGCCCCCCCUGUGAGUAGACGUGUCGAGAUAGUACGUGUUGAUUGGCCUGGAUGUCUGUCUGUCUGGUUGGCCGUCUGUCUGUCUGUCUGUCUGUCUGGCAAUCUGCAUGUCUGUCCAUUGCAUUCACGUGUGCUGCUCGUGAGCAUCGUUUGUCCAUUUGAGUGUCUGUAGCUCGUUAUCAUUACAUCACGAUCGACUGUUCAUGUUUGUUCGUGCCGUGGACCAACGAGUGUGUGGCCCCCGGCGCAUCGUUACACAUCAACCACAAAGUGA